UGUAUGUAGGCAGUGUUGAGUGUUGUGACCCCAGCCCAGUCCGAGGCCAGCAUGUCCCCGCAGAGGAUCGUGCGUGUGUCCCUGGAGCAUCCCACCAGCGCUGUGUGCGUGGCUGGCAUGGAGACACUUGUGGACAUUUAUGGGUCCGUACCGGAGGGCUCAGAGAUGUUCGAGGUCCACGGGACCCCUGGCGUGGACAUCUACAUCUCUCCGAGCCUGGAGAGGGGCCGGGAGCGUGCGGACACCAGGCGGUGGCGCUGUGACACAGGGUCGGAGAUCAUCGUGGUCAUGAACUCUCCCAGCAAUGACCUCAACGACAGCCAUGUUCAGAUCUCCUACUACUCCAGCCGCCAGCCCCUGCCACUGGCGCACACGGUGCUCUACCUCACCUGUGUCGACAUCGCUCUGGAUUGCGACCUGAACUGUGAGGGCAGGCAGAACAGGAGCUUUGUGGACAAGCGCCAGUGGGUCUGGGGGCCCGAGGGGUACGGAGCCAUCCUGCUGGUGAACUGUGACAGGGACGAUGUGAACUGUGAUGACCAGGACAACAGUGACCAGCACGUACGCUGCCUGCAAGACCUGGAAGACAUGUCCGUCCUAGUCCUGCGGACCCAGGGCCCUGCUGCCCUCUUCGACGACCACAGACUUGUCCUGCACACCUCCAGCCAUGAUGCUAAGCGGGCACGGGUCUUCCACGCCUGCGGUCCCGAGGACUCGUGCGAGUCCUACAGGCACGUGCUGGGCCAGAACAAGGUGUCCUACGUGGUGCCCCGCUUCCAGGGGGACGAGGAGCGCUUCUUCGUGGAGGGCCUCUGCUUCCCCGACGCCGGCUUCCCGGUCGUCUCCUUCCACGUCACCCUGCUGGACGGCUCCAACGAGGGUUUCUCCGAGUCCCCAAUCUUCACCGACAUGGUCGUGUUCCGCGUGGCGCCCUGGAUUAUGACGCCCAGCACCCUGCCGCCGCUGGAGGUGUACGUGUGCCGUGUGAGGAACAACACGCGUUUCGUGGACGCAGUGGCAGAGCUGGCCAGGGCGGCCGGCUGCAAGCUGACCAUCUGCCCACAGACCGAGAACGAAAUGAACCGCUGGAUCCAGGACGAGAUGGAGCUGGGCUACGUUCAGGCGCCGCACAAGACCUUCCCGGUGGUCUUUGACUCCCCCAGGAACGGGGAGCUACAGGACUUCCCUUACAAACGGAUCCUGGGUCCAGAUUUCGGCUACGUGACCCGGGAACCACAAGGCAGCUCUGUGUGUGGCCUGGACUCCUUUGGGAACCUGGAGGUCAGCCCCCCCGUGGUGGCCAACGGGAAGGAGUACCCCCUGGGGCGGAUCCUCAUUGGGGGCAACCUGCCUGGGUCAAGCGGCCGCAGGGUCACCCAGGUGGUGCGGGACUUCCUCUACGCACAGAGGGUGCAGCCCCCGGUGGAGCUCUUCGUGGACUGGUUGGCCGUGGGCCACGUGGAUGAGUUCCUGAGCUUCGUCCCGGCCUCCGAUAGGAAGGGCUUCCGGAUGCUCCUGGCCAGCCCUGGCGCCUGCUUCAAGCUCUUCCAGGAAAAGCGGAAGUGGGGCCACGGCAGGGCCCUCCUGUUCGAAGGGCUGGUUGGUGGGUACCGGUUGCAGGUCAACACCAUCUCCAUCAACCAGGUCCUCUCCGAUGAAAGCCUCAUCAGCUACAAUAAGUUUGUGCAGAGCUGCAUCGACUGGAACCGGGAGGUGCUGACGGAGCUGGGGCUGACGGAGCGGGACAUCGUGGACAUCCCGCAGCUCUUCAAGGCCGAGAAGAAGAAGGCGGUGGCCUUCUUCCCUGACUUGGUGAACAUGCUGGUGCUGGGCAAGCACCUGGGCAUCCCCAAGCCCUUCGGGCCCAUCAUCCACGGCCGCUGCUGCCUGGAGGAGAAGGUGCGGGCGCUGCUGGAGCCGCUGGGCCUCUGCUGCACCUUCAUCGACGACUUCACCCCGUACCACAUGCUGCACGGCGAGGUGCACUGCGGGACCAACGUGCGCAGGCAGCCCUUCUCCUUCAAGUGGUGGCACAUGGUGCCCUGAGCCUGUCCCCGCCCCCUGCCAUCCUCUCCCCCUGGGGUGGGACAUCGGCCCCCAGGUGAUGGAGACUGAGACAGGCC